GGUUCAUAUGGACAGCCCUGGAGCCUCCAUGUGUAUUGGUUUGCAUGAUGGACGGGCAACAAGGAAAAAACGUGGAGUCGAAUCUGCAAGGUCACGUCAUGUUCUCUUGAAUCCAUGAAUAGUUGACCCCAGUGCUUUGGAAGCUUUGCAGUGCGCAGGCAGUGCGUUUCGUUGGUGCAUCGCUUCAUGAUAAGUACGUGGCCGGCACUGGUGUCAGCUGAUCUCCAGAUCCAGGCGAUUAAAUCAAAAUGAGUGUCCAGAAGUUUGAAAUUAAAUUUGACAAUCCUGCUUGUAUUUAUUAUGCCGGACAACUAGUAUCGGGACGUGUUACACUCAUCACAACAAAAGAGAAGAAAAUAAGAGGAAUAUGCUUACGUGUCAAAGGAGAAGCAGAAGUGAAAUGGACAGAAAGUAGGAGAGUGACUCGAAAUGGGAAAUCGCAUACAGAGCAUGAUCAUUACAGUGCACAUGAAUUAUAUGCACAAAUGGAAGUUUGGCUGGUUGGAGCAUCACAUGGGGAUAUGAUGUUACCUCCUGGGGAACACAUUUAUCCAUUUUCUUACACUCUCCCUCAAAACAUUCCUUCAUCAUUUGAAGGUUCUCGUGGCCAUGUGAGGUAUACUGUGAAAGUGAAAGUUGAUCGGCCAUGGAGGUUCGAUUAUGACUGUAAAGUUGCAUUCACUGUUUUAACUCCUUUAGACUUGAACUUCGAGCCAAACAUGCAGGAACCAGUGCAGAAUACUAAAGAAAAGUACUUAUGUUGUUGUUGUUGCCGCUCUGGGCCUGUUACACUAGUGGCUAAUGUACUCAGAGGAUUUGUACCUGGCCAAAAAAUAGAAGCUGUAGUAGAGUGUGACAAUGUAACCACUGAAGAAGUGUCUGUAAAUUGUUAUUUAGAGAAGACUGUAACAUUUAAAGCUUCUUGUAGAAUGCGCACCAAAACAAAAUAUGACGAGAGUACAGUUGCCAUGGAAAGAUUAGGUACAGUAAAAGGAAAUGACUCUAAUACUUGGACAACAAAGCUCUUAGUUCCUGCUCUACCUGCAUCCUACUUGAAGUAUUGCAAUUGUAUUGACAUCUCUUACAUGUUUGUGGUGAAAGGCUCCUUUAGUGGCCCUCACAGUGCUUUGAAGUUGCGUUCGCAGGUGGUGAUUGGCACCAUACCUCUCCGAAAUUAUUUCCCUGCGAUUGCUCCAUCAGCUCCUAUUUUGCCUUGCAUGCCUCUUUUACCUCAAGGAGCACCUCCAACUUAUGAAGAGUGCAUGUUGAUCAAGGGAAAUAUUCGUAAUGAAGAAGACAGUGAUUAUACAUAUGGUGCUUCAGAUUUUGCUCCUCGCUAUCCAAUGUAUAAUUUUCGAUAAAUACCUUUAAAACUUUUUUUUAUGCAGUAGAAUCUUAUUAAGAAUAUUUUCAAAGAUCAAAAGUUUAAGAACUUCUUGACAAAAAAGAAAUGUUUUGUUUAAAAGUUUUUCGGUCAGAAUCCUAUAAGAGAAUUCACUGGUAAGUGUGUCGGAUUUCCAUGAUUCAGGAUUAGGUGAUAACAGUAUUAUGACCCAUAACAUUGCUAUACUGAAAUAGAACUCAAAACCAGCUAAUUACAAACAAUUAGAUUAAACAAUGACAUAAUUAAACAAAAGAGUAUCAGGCUGAUUGUUUAUUUUUUUAUGAUAAAUUUGUGGGUAUUGGAAAAGAAAUUUAUUAAACACAAGUUGUAUGAAUUAAUUAUUCACAUACUCAUUUACUCUUACCAUUAAGCAUAUUAACAAUGGUAUAAACAAUGUUAGCUGCAACAGUAUUAUAACAUUAAUUAUACCCACGUGCUUUUCUCGCACUAGCCACAACAAUGUUUGCAGGCACACAGCAAAGCUUGGUGAUCAUUUAUCAGCACAUCUCAACACACUGACGAAUUUUAGGAGAUAUGUUCACACGAAAAAUGAACGAGGUUUUGAGUGAUAGCUCAGUUUAGUGACACAUGUAUAAACUUUGCUGGCAGAAACAGAAAUUGUGACACUUAAAAUGCAUCACAGCUUGUAAAAUAAAAAUGCUAUUGCAGAAAUAUUCGCUACCUUAUGAUUUAAAAACUUUGACGUCUGUGAAUAAGUUGGUUAGUCAUUAAAUCUUAAUUUUACACGACAGCAAAAAACCAACUUUUAAAUGAUGCUGUAAAUCAGGGAUUAAUUACAUUCAAACGAUACCUACACGCAAAUAGUUUCAUGUGAAUAGCAUUAAUCUCUGAUUUACUUCAAUUGAAAGUUGUGUUUUGCUCUUCUGUAAAAUAAGUUUUCAUGACUUAUCAGGUUAUUCACUGGAAUCAAAGAAAUAAUCUGUGAAUGAAUUUAAAAAUCAAUAGGAAUAGAAAUGAUGAUUGGACAAUCUUGCUAUUGAGCUUGUGCAAGAUCUUGCAUGAAGACUUUAAAGGUAAAACAUUCUCCAAUGUACUAAGAAUGUGAUUUACAUGCUUAUACUUUAGUGCAUUAUUUUAUUCAUAUCCUUGAUAUGAAUUUUGAUUUUUAUUUGUUCUGAGAGAUACAUCUUGUGCCUAUUUUUUCUUCCACACCAAAUUGUACAAUGCAUUUGUGGCCUUGUAAAAAAUUGUCUUUGUAAUCAUUAUCGAGUGUGGUAAUAGGAGAUUUUUAUUGACUUCUGUGUCUAAUAUGCCCUUAUAUAUCAUGAACUUAAUAAGACACUUCAAAAACCAGACUUUUUAAGCUGGACUACCUAAGAAGUUAUUUUUUUAAUCAGGCUUUACUGUAGUUUGUGGUAAUAAAAUAUGAAUAUGAAUGUAAAACAUUA